UGAGGGCGGCGUCAGUGAGGGUAUAAAAGAAGCAGCAGAAGCUCGUUCUCGAGCAGAUUAACAUAAAAAGGGCUUCCUUUUUCAUCUUCUUCCUCAGAAGUAGCAGGAGGACUAAUAGUAGGUGCUAAUUUCAGGAAGAGUUAGAAGGUAUUUCAUGGAUGAUUGGUAGUCAUCCUAGGCAUGGACUUCCGUCGGCCCUAUGGAUUAUACAAUGCAGAAAUCUCCUGUGAAUUGCCUUCACCGAGAAAUAUAGUGCCUACCGAAUGGACAUUUGAUCCCAUCAAAGUAGCUUUUGCUAAUGCAUUGGACUCCCCUCUUUCUUGCCAAUUCGAGUGCAAUAAUUUCUCAAGGCCGGCCAACAGUCAUGAUCUGUGGUUAGACUCCAUCAGUGCGUUUGAGCAGGAACUUUCCCUAGAUCAUCUUCAAGCGGGUAACAUGGCGACAUCAGAUUCAGUUUAUGUGGCUUCCCAUCAGAGCAUCAAGCAUGCUUUACAAGAGAUCGAGAUGGUUCUCAUGGCGCCCGAUAGUGAUGAACCAAAAACUAAUAUUGUCUAUGAGACAGAUGAAAACAAACAACCCCAGCCUAUAAAGCAGUGGUUCUUGACUGAUGAGAUCCAACCGGAUCAGCAUCUCUCUGCUAUAGCGAAUUCAGAUCAUGAACUCCGUCCGGGGAAGCGUCUUCGAGGGAUGAGCAAGCAAUCAGAUGGUCAUGUGGAGCUGCUUCUCAACAAAGAACCAAAAGGUGAUGUGAAACAGCUGCUGAUCAAGUGUGCCGAAGCCUUAUCUGAGAAUAAGAUGGAUGCAUUUGAAUCAUUAGUAGGAGAAGCCCAGAGUCUUGUUUCCAUUGGCGGUGAGCCUAUCCAACGUCUCGGUGUGUAUGUGCUGGAAGGGCUCGCUGCAAGGCAAAAGGUUUCUGGCUCCAACAUAUACCAAACACUACAGUGUCACCAACCAACUAGCAAGGAACUUCUGUCAUACAUGCGAAUCAUGUACGACGUCUGCCCGUUCUUCAAAUUUGGAUACAUGGCCGCCAAUGGAGCAAUUGCCGAUGCGCUAAAGAACGAGAACAAGAUCCACAUUAUAGACUUUCAGAUCGCGCAAGGAACCCAAUGGAUCACUCUGAUACAGGCACUAGCCGUAAGACCUGGGGGUCCUCCUCAUGUGAGAAUAACCGGAAUCAAUGAUCCAGAAUCGAUGCACGCCCAUGGCGAUGGAUUGCAGCUAGUCGGGAAGAUGUUGUCUGACAUGUCGAGAAAGUUUAAAAUUCCCCUCGAGUUCAAAUUGUUUGCUGCACACAGCUCUGUGGUUACCAAGGAGCUGCUGGGCAUUAGGCCCGGUGAAGCACUGGCAGUGAACUUCACUCUCCAGCUGCACCACACACCUGAUGAAGGCGUGGAUGUGAGCAACCCCCGGGAUGGAUUGCUAAGGAUGGUCAAGGGCCUGUCGCCCAAAGUGACAACCUUAGUGGAGCAGGAGUCCAACACCAACACAACGCCAUUCCUGACCAGGUUCGUGGAGACACUGGACUACUACUCUGCGAUGCUCGAAUCGAUCGAUGUGACGCUGCCGAGGGACAGCAAGGAGAGGAUCAAUUUGGAGAAGCAUUGUUUGGCAAAGGACAUAGUGAACAUCAUUGCUUGUGAAGGGAAGGAGAGGGUAGAAAGGCAUGAGCUGCUGGGUAAGUGGAGGUCGAGGUUUACCAUGGCAGGUUUUCAGCCUUACCCACUGAGCUCGUAUGUGAACUCAGUGAUAAAGACUUUGUUAGGAUAUUACAGAGGUAACUACACAUUGGUAGAGAGAGAUGGGGCAAUGUUGUUGGGGUGGAAGAAUAGGAACCUGAUCUCAGCUUCUGCUUGGCACUGAGAGGAAGAUUCAGUAUUUGAAGCAGUGAGGAGCCUGAUAAUUGUUUAUAUGUACUCAUUUUUUUUUUAAAAUAAGUAUUCGAUGCGGCUGUGGAUCUAUCUGUUUGCCACAAUUAUCUUAGAACUAAUGAGUAAUUGAUGAGAGGAAGAAUCGUGUUAAACUCAUAUUUAAGUUCAUAUCAAUUACUCAGCCCCGUCCGAGUUCAAAUUGAAUUUCAAAUUCUCAUUCCUGAGUUCACAUCAAAUACUCAUCUGAUCGGGAGAGAUUGCGAUAUGUUCGCCUUCGUAAAGUCAACUGUGCAUAGAGGCGCGGCGAUGAGGAUGUUGUAGGGGACGAGGUCGGAGGUGAUCGAUCAUGGCCAUCAAAGUUGGCGGAUUUGACAUAGGUGGUGAGGAGGCCGUUGAAGGACAUGGCACGGCUCAGACGAAGCCAAGAUUAGGGAGCUUGCGGAAGGUCGACAUAAUAAUAACUUGUGCAUUCCUUAAUCCGUAUGAAUUCUAAGAAAUUGAAAGAGAAUUCUAAACAGGAAAUACACAAUUUUGAGCA